ACCCACAGGAGGACGAAGAAGAAGAAGAGCUGCCGACGCUACGCGGAACUUACCAAGUAGUUAGCUUAGCUUUGUAGCCUGUCCAUUGGUGUGUUAUCUGGGAACGUAUUUUAUAUAUAACCGAACAUUUAGGUGCUGCAGAUGAAAUCCAGGCCGCGUGAACGUACCGCAGUGCUUCAGUGGAGUUGGGCUUCUGGCUUUCCGUCGCUGUUCCUGGUGCUGUCUGAGGAGAAAAGCGGAGCUAUGCGGGUCUAGAUGGAGCACUUCCCUGGAUCUGCAGCCGUCGAUGAUGUGUAGAGCUGUUCUUGCUCCAUCAUCGGUCCCGAGUCGCUCCGUUUAAUCAUGUGUUGUUAAUCCCAAACGAAUCUGAUCGUGGCAACAGAAUGAGAAGAGACGCCGAGCCCGCCCAGCCUACAGAGACGAGCCAAACAAAGAUCUCCAAAUGAUAUGAUAGUAGCUGCCUGGAUCCUUUUCUGUGCCUGCAGGAGCCUCGCCCAGGUUCUGCUCCUCCUCUCCUCCUCUACCCCGCUGCCUCCGUCCUGGGACAGCCUCGCCAGGGCGGUCUCCGGCCUCGGCACCAUGGGUAACAGCUGCGUGUGCAGAGAGGACAGCGACUUGGAGGACCACCAUCACGGCUCGGCGUCUAGAGCGACCUCAGCUCAGAGCAGACGGGUGGACCACAGCGCAGCCGUUGGUGCCGACGCCGCAGACAGGAGCAGUCGGCCCAGAGACCCGGUCCGGCCGCCGCGCAGAGGGAGGGGGCCUCAUGAGCCGAGACGCAAGAAACAAAACGUGGAUGGCCUGGUGCUGGACACGCUGGCUGUCAUCAGGACGCUGGUGGACAAUGACCAGGAGCCGCCCUAUUCCAUGAUCACCCUGCAUGAAAUGGCAGAAACCGACGACGGUUGGCUGGAGGUGGUCCAGUCUCUGAUCCGAGUGAUCCCCCUGGACGACCCGCUGGGUCCUGCCGUUAUCACCCUCCUGCUGGACGAGUGUCCUCUUCCAACCAAGGACGCCCUGCAGAAGCUCUCUGAUAUGCUGAGCCUGAGCGCUGCCGUCGCCCAGCAGGACGCUCUCAACCCGGCCAAACACAGAAACACCACAGCGGUUCUGGGAUGCCUGGCAGAGAAGCUGGCAGGACCAGCCAGUAUUGGGUUGUUGAGUCCUGGAACCCUGGAGUACCUUCUGGAGAGCCUGAGCUCCGACUCCCAUCCUACCGUCAUGCUGUUUGCUCUCAUCGCCCUGGAGAAGUUCUCCCAGACAAGUGAGAACAAACUGACCGUGUCUGAGUCGUCCAUCAGCGACCGGCUGGCUGUCCUGGAGGCCUGGGCAGACCAUCCGGACUACCUGAAGAGGCAGGUGGGCUUCUGUUCCCAGUGGAGUCUGGACAACCUGUUCCUAAAAGAUGGCCGCCAGUUCACCUAUGAAAAGGUCAACCUCACCAAUAUCAACGCCAUGCUCAACAGCAACGACGUCAGCGAGUACCUGAAGAUUUCUCCUACAGGACUGGAGGCGCGAUGCGACGCCUCGUCUUUUGAGAGUGUGCGUUGUACUUUCUGUGUGGAUUCAGGGGUUUGGUACUACGAGGUGACGGUCAUCACUUCUGGGGUGAUGCAGAUUGGAUGGGCCACCAAAGACAGCAAGUUCCUCAACCAUGAGGGUUAUGGGAUUGGAGAUGAUGAAUAUUCGUGUGCAUAUGAUGGCUGCAGGCAGCUCAUCUGGUACAACGCUCGCAGUAAACCUCAUUCUCAUCCCUGCUGGAAGGAGGGAGACGCCAUCGGCUUCCUGUUGGAUCUCAACAAGAAGCAGAUGAUCUUUUAUCUGAACGGACAUCAUCUGCCGCCAGAGAAACAAGUCUUCUCCUCAGCCACGUCGGGCUUCUUUGCAGCAGCCAGCUUCAUGUCCUACCAGCAGUGUGAGUUUAACUUUGGGGCCAAGCCGUUCCGUCAUCCUCCCUCUGUAAAGUUCAGCACCUUCAACGACUUUGCCUCCCUGAAGCCCGGCGAGAAGAUCAUCCUGCCCAGACACCGCCGUCUGGCCUUACUGAAGCAGGUGAGCAUCCGGGACAACUGCUGCACGCUGUGCUGUGACGUCAUGGCGGACACCGAGCUGCGGCCCUGCGGACACGGGGGGAUGUGCAUGGAGUGUGCCUUACAGUUAGAGACGUGCCCCCUGUGCCGCCAGGACAUCCAGACCCGAGUCAGACUCAUUGCACACGUCUCCUGACAAACUUCCUGCUCCUCCUCCUGCAGGGAGGAGACGCACACGAGGCCCACCUCCUCCUCUUCCUCCUCCUCCUCCUCCUCCGCUCUCAUGGCACCCAGCGGGGCGCUGACCAAGGCGCCGCGGCGUUUUACAGACAGCGGUGUGGUGAGGCGGCGGUGGAGGAGGCGGUAGGAAGUCCAGGGAGCUCCUCCUGGUUCUCCUGAAUCGUUCCUCAGAGGUUGUUCUCCAGACUGAACGUGGCCUGCAUGGAUCACAGCUGGCUGAACCUUUAAAACCCUCAUUAAAACCCUCAUGACUGGUGGAACGCUGAGCUCUGCAGCUCCGUCUGCUCCUAUGGACCCGGCAGCACGUUGCACUCUGCAGCAGCAGCAGGCUGGUCAACAUGGCCGCCUGCAGCGCAGCGACACGUCUACGGUACAAAGCCACCCAUCAGUGUGCUAAUUAUGUUCUCUGAAGGUAGCAUUUCAUGGUUCUCUGUCUGACUGAAGGCCUAAAACCCACAUUUGGUUGGCUUAAUAUUGCAUUUUGCUUUGGAUCAAUUCUAAUUGACUUUCCAAAUUUACUGGUUUAAAUCAGUCCUAAAAACUGAGAUAAUUCCGGUCAUACGAGUAAACUGAACCCAUUCAGACCCGGAACAAAGCGGGUCGUGUUCUGUAGAGACGAGUGAACUUCAGCUCGAUGCUUCCGCCGCUCUGAGGACAGGCUGCGGUCAAUAAAUACUCUUCAUACAAGUUAAACUGCUAGUUUUCCUCCCUUUACUUCAGCCUCAGUCCUCAUUUCAGCCAAGAGAAAAUAAAAGCCAGGCGUGAUUAAAACAGGAAAGCAGCAGCAGCAGCACAGCCGCCGUCAGCCGCCGUCA